AAAGUUUCUUUAUUGUUCUUUUGAUAAACCUUCAAUUUAUUUCUAAAGAGUAUUAAUUUUCCAAACUUAAGGCCACUGAACUAACACUGUUUUCUUGUAUUGUUUUCCGUUGGCAAAGCACAAAUGUUUUGUCAAUACGAUCAAUUGUUAAAAACACUAUGUUCAAGUUCAACACAAACACCAAGUACUCUAGCCGUAACACAGCACGAAAUUAAAAUUUUACAGUUUAUGGAUUCACUAUACAAAAUUUCUUUUGGGACCGUUUAAGAUGUCUGCUGCCAAAGUAAGCUCAUCUCCCGGCGAUUGGAGGGAGGUCCAUACUAACUGGGAGGACAAAAUGCAGUUCAUAAUUUCAAAUCAGUUUGGAUGCGACGUCGCCCUCAGGAUCCGAGAAGGGGAUAAAUACGCUGAUUUUAAAGCUCAUCAGUUUGUUUUGAACAUGUCAAGCGUGUUGUUCGAAAAACUUCUUCAAGACUCGAGAAACCGUGUUUUCGACCCCGCAAUUAAAAUGACUGUCUUGAACUUGCCAAACACGAAUUCCCAGUUUUUUAAGCUAUUUUUGAGAUUUUUAUACACGAGGAAAAUCCAACUUGAAUCUUUCACGGACGCGUACGAGCUGUACAAACUCUCGAAACAAUACGGCAUAACGGAUUUAAACAGCAUGUGUCUUCACUUCAUUUCGAAUACUGUCGCCAUCUCUAAUGCUCUAGAGGUGAAAGAAUUUGCCACUAAUUACAACAUCGACAGUCUGCGAGAGGAGUGUAGCAACAUAAUUCGAAUAAACACGGCUGAAGUUUUGAAAAUGUCGAAAUGGAAAUUGGAAUGGAUCAAAUCUCUCCUCGACGAGCCGGAGCUCAGCAUAACUGAAAUCGAGCUGUUCAAAUUGGUAGAAACUUGGAUUAACACUUAUUUCGGAGAUCUGGACAAUACCGUACAUCGCAACUAUUUAUGGAAGACUUUAAUACACAAAUUUUGUUUUUUGAACAUGACGGCUGACGAAUUUCUCGAAGGCCCUGUGAAAACCGGCAUGAUUUCAAAAGACGAAUCCCUCGCAAUAAUCGGUCAUAUUGUUUCAGAAAAGAAGUUUCACCUUCCUUUUCCGUCCAGUUUUAAAAAAACGAAAAGGAGGAUCACCGGCCAGCAGGAAAGCGCGAUGAUUUUACCCAAACUCUCUCCCAACCCAGUGAAGGGAAGCGAUAAACAGUCCAAAGCCGAUAUACAAGCGAGUACUUGCCAAGGUUCUACAGGCAACGGAACAGAACUUGUCGACAAAACGGAAACGCUGAGGUUGAAGAUACAAUCGAUUUCGCACAAAAGCAAGGAAAAAGUCGAUGAAGCUCAACAGACGUCUCAGACGACCAAAAGUUCCGAGACUAAUCAGCAAGAAAAACCCCUGGAUAGGAAGCAUUUGACGAGCCCGGCCGGCGCGGAAAGCAAACCGUUGCAAACUUUUCACCAGAUGACUGAUCCUCUCCCGAAGAAACUCCCUAGCCAAAGCACCAUUGAAGACGAUCUCGAAAGAGCUCACAACUUUAUUAAAAAAACUUCAUUCGGCGAGUUGAACAAAAAAAGAAUGUCUGUCUUAGAGUGCAACAAAUCUGAGUUAAAAUCCAAAAAUUAUUUUGACGAAGUCGUCCACGCUCCUACAUUAUCGAGUAUCGUAGAAAGUCAACUAUCUAGUUCUAACACGAUCAACAGCCAAGAAGAUAAACCUGAACUAUCAAAGUCGAUAGACCUAAAUUCUGAUAACAAGCCGGCGAAAGCGAGGGGGAAAAUAGUAAUUAAAGAAGUGAAGAAAGGUUAUGACCAGAUGAACCUUCAAACUCUCAAAAAGCCGACUGGCCCACAAAGUGACAACACGAAAAAUAAAGCAUCGGCAGGCAGAUCUUCUGCAAAACCGGCUACCCAUCUGCAAGUUAGGAAAAAAAGUCCAAAUCGCAACUAUCCAGAAAAAUAACCAUAAAGCUUGUGAUUAAAACAAAAGAAAUAACACAUACAAUAAAACCACAUUAUUUUA